CUCUUAUUCGAUAUCAUGGCGGAAGACGAAGAUGGUGUUUCGGACAAAAAAUCCCCAGAAAAUUCAAGAAAUUCAGAACAAAAUCCACAAAGUUCGAAAAAGCCAGACUUAGGGAUCGAGGAGGCAAAGUAUCAUAGCAACGAAAAUGGUCAAAAGUCACCAACGGAGCCAAUAUCAUCGACGUCGAAAUCGGGCGCUAUACGUAAAGAGGACAGUCCGUUCUCCUUGAGGCACUUUCUUAAAAGAGAUCUGUCGUUACCAGGCAACUGCACUUACGAGAACACCGGCGCUCGACCCAAAGUUUAUGCUAACACAGUGCAGCACUCUCCCACUAGAUUCGAUAAAAUAGACAUUCAUAGUGACACAAAACGAGAGAAGAGUCGUGCAAGUGAGAAUAACGCCAAAGAAAAGAAUGAUAAUAGAUUGCAUCGUAAUAGUGAUGAUGCGUCUUCCAGUUCUGUAGAAAUCCCUUUUAGUGUAGUCGAAGAGUCCGAUUCUAAGCAUAAUUUAUAUUCUGAAGUUUCGGAGGGGACAUUCUUCCAGAGACCUAAUAUAGCAUCUGAUUCAUUAGGCAUUCCUUCAUUACCUGAUUUUGUUCAGGAUCAUAUUUUAGUUGAGCAAGCAUACUUAAAUUCAAAUGGACCAAUUUCAGUAGACUUGGACAACUUACCAGAUUUCACUUAUACAAACAGCAAUUACAAUGUCGGUUCAUCAUCUUCCCUUGGGAGGAGAAAUAAAAGUAAUUUCAACAAUAACAGGGGCUAUGACUAUCCAGGCUACCUGGACACAGCAUCAACAUCCAAUGGCUUGCCCACAUUGGGUCGGGAUGUGCAGUUGAAUCUGCAAAACAAUGCACAGCCAGCUCCACAGCCCUUGGAUCUAGUACACCUGAAUCUAGACCUCACAGAGUCUGUGAAUCCUGCAGAUAGAAGAAAUGUUUCACCAAGACACAACUUCCCCUUGGAUCUUCCACCAAAUGCAGGAGCUGAGUCCAUGCGGUUACCAGAUUUUUUGCCUGUGCAUCCGGGUCGAACAUCACCAGAACCACCACCUCAAAAUGAGGAUGUACAGCAUUUUGUGGAAUUGGAAAGGCUCAGGUCGGAGCUGUAUAUGGAGCGGAACAGACGUCUGCGUGUUGAAGAAGAGCUGAACUCCGUGUGCGAGGCCCUGCGAGUGGCGCGUGCCGAGCUGCGGGAAGGGGAAGGGGCCAGCGGGGGUGGAGCCUGCGGGGGAGGAGCCAUCGGGGGCGGAGCCUGCGGGGGCGCCAGCGACUACUACGGACAAGCUGAGGCGGCGAGUUGCUGCGGCCGCGGGCCCGGGGACCACCUCGACUACGAAGCCGAUGAAACGGAUCCCACAGCCACCAUUAUAAAACUCAAAAAUGAAAUAAAGAAACUACAGGAGGAGGUCCGGUGUCUGCGGGCCGCUCGGACCAACGUCGCCGGCGACCUGCGGCGUGCUGCAACCCGCGCAGAGUCCUCACUACGAGAUCUGCUGUCUGGUGUGGAGCAACUAAAGUCACUGAGCAGCGCUCUGGACCCCACGUGAGGCGACCGUCCCCGAGACAGGCCCCCGCGACCACCACUUGGUUAAUGCAGACAAAGAGAGAAUUAUUAAUAUCAUGAACACAUCGUUCAUAAAUUUUGGUUCCAAAUUUAAUUUUAUUAAUCCCAGAAGUGAGGUGAUCACUUUAAAAAUAACAAAUUGAUCAUGAACACAGUUAUGAUAAUAAAUGUAUCAUUAACAAUUUGUUAUUGUUAGAUGGAGGAUCCAUUACUCCCAGAUUUAAAAUAAAUUUUAUUUUGUGGAUGGUGCGAGAGAACAGGGUGUUGAUCAAAUAUCUACAACAAGCCAAACAAGGUUGCUUCACAUUUAUUAUUGAUGUUCCCCUACAAGGAUGCGUGUAUUGUGUGUAAGCGUGUAUUUAAAUGAAAAUGCUGACACAUCAAUUAAAAUAGAUUAGAACUUCAUUCAUCUUCUUGGUGCUGCCUGUUUGGUGACAAUUUAUUUGUAAAGUUUAAGGUUCACGUGGAGACAGUGUUAGCUAAUUGUAAAUGUAUUAUCGUGUCAGCAUAGUACGCCAAUUCAGUUCAUUUAUAUUCAUUGUAAUAUAAUCAAUCACUAUAAUAAAUUCGUGCGAUCUUGGUGUCAUAAACACAAUAAAAUGUGUCCCGGCAUGUAGUAAUAAAACUUUAGCAGUUACAUAGAUGAAAAUACCCCAUAUAGGGGGCAAUUCCAAAACCUUACCAGUCUGUAGUUACUUUUAUUUUUUAUAUUAGCAAAGUUCACCUUAAUUUGUAAAACGGCGGCGGUUUAAGUUCUACGUCCUGUAGGGGCUCUAUGUUGGUAUAAAAAAAGUUCUUUUGUGAUUGGUGAAGGGAGAAAGUUUAUUUUUUAAAGUAUAUGAGCACAUCUGGGCGCUUUAUUUUGUUGUGGGAAAACUACAUUAUUAACCCAUCUUUUUUUUCUAAUUUCAUAAUAAUAUUUGAGUUGCUUAACAAAUUGAUAUAGGAAUCACUGCUCUCGGUUUAAUAAUUUAAGAGUUGUUCUUGAUCAAAUAGACCCCUUUACUUGCGGGCCCAAGCGCAGGUAGCUCCUUUGUUGCGUCGUGUGUGAGCGGAUACGGAAACAUUUUUAUAGGGAGUAAGAAAGUAGAGGAGAAAAAAAUAAAAGUAGCUGCAGGCUGGAAGGGUUUUGCAAUUGACCCCCAAUAUGGGGAAUUUUCGUCUAUGAAAUAGUUUAUAGUUACUACUCCUAAAGUUUUAUUACUACAUGCCAGGACACAUUGUAUAUCACUGUUUGUAAAAAUGUAAACUAAUGUAAAGUGCAGUACUGUGUCAUUGUUCAUUGUUAAAAGUUUUAUCAGUCAUCAAUGAAGUUUUAUCAGUCAUCAAUGAAGUUUUAUCAGUCAUCAAUGGCUGAGUGAUUCACAUGGUGUUGUGUGGCACACAUGAUGUGGGAAUAUCUUGUUUAAUUUGACCUCUGAGGGGGAGUGUGCUGGUACAGAACCGUAAAGACAUGUGUAACAUUAUGUAAAUACUGUGUGUGUACAUUGUUUCUUCUGUUGUAGAGCUAGCAGCUUUGGAGAUAAGAUCUUGAUAUGUAAUAUAAUAGAAAUCAUAUCAAAAUUAUUGUAAUAUAAUUAAUAGUAAAUAUUACUAUAAACUAUCAACAAAAUUGAUUCAUCCUUACUUUACUGAUAUUUUUUUUAAAUCAUAAAAACAGGUAUAUAUUUUCAGGAAAAACAUUGAUUGACAAUUUGUGGACUGUAUAAUAAAAUGAUAACAGUUACUUAGGAAAUGUAUGUUCAAUUCAAGCGAAUUUCGACCUACUUGUUUAUUAUGACUGUAGGGAAAUAACAUUAAGAUGGUCAUGAUUCAUUUUUGUUGAUAGUAUGUUGGAUAGUGUGAUCUUUCUAUUGAAUGAUAUUCGAAUCCUAAACUAUACUCACAAGAAAUUAUCAGCCAACAGGCUAUCAGUUGGGUCUAUGAUAAAAUUAUAUAAUAAUCAAGUGUCCUGAUGGUGAUCACCUGUGGUCUGAUAUUUCUUGAAGUGGCUCAUCUGAUGUUCAGAAGUGAUAAUUAAGUAAAUGUUGUUUAUCGGCCGUUCACAGGCUUAUGUUUUUCCUCAUUAUUCCUCAAUGGAUGUCUGAUGUGCGCUCACUCAAUUCGAGUACGACGCGAUCGUGAAGGAUAUUGUUUUUUGUCGUAGCGGGUUCUCUGUAUUUAGCUCGCGUCUGCAUAAUAUAUGUAUAUAAUCUGUGUAGUUAGCGAGGGUGUGUACAGUAAGUGUGUGAGAGUCAAUCAUGGUUCAUAGUUCGUUCCUGUGUUGUACAGUAAUGUAUACUGGCUACCUAUCAAUCCUUGCUAGAUCCUAUUUGUAAUAUCUUGUGAUACCCUGUUUCCUGGUCCCGGCGGGGUCCACGUUCCAUGUGGUGACCUCUGCAUAUCAGAGGUUUGGGGCCACAGCUUGAGGAGCAACAAACUGUAUUGAUUACAGCUUUACAUUGAUUUUAUAUUAUUAUUGUAAAUGGCUAAUUUCAAUAUAAAUUAUAUAGAUUUUAGUCACCCAAUGUAUAUAUUUUUAAAUGUCCUGACUAUCUGUAUAAACAUGUGUGUUGUAUGAGGUGAUGUAACUUAUACUAUGUGAGCAUGAUGAUAAUAAAAUUAUUUUAAAACUGA